CGCUCCCAAAUUUCCUGCCCCCUACCAUCCCGCCGCAGCCGUGUACAGCAUAUUCGACGGUAAGUCUCCCGACGCGCAUCUGCGUCUUCGAGACUCGGAACGCAGGCAUGGACCUGGGCUCUCCCGAGCACCUGGUCCGUAAUCUCUUCGCGCCGGUACUCUUGGGGACCGUGUUCAGCACGUUCCUGUAUGGCGUCAACAUCAGCCAGUUCGUGAGGUUCAUCACCUAUGGAAGGCAACAGUCGCUGUGGACAUACAUCACAGUGGUGACCGUGUUCAUGGCGGAUACGGCCCAGGCGUGUCUAGAGAUCUAUAGCCUCUGGGACAUCUCUGUGACCAACUUCGGCAACUAUGAAGCCCUCACAGGUCAGGUCGGCCAGGCGUGGCCGACAACCGUGUCGCUUGGUAUACUGAUGGGGAUAAUUGCAACGGCGGUACAACAGUACUUCAUCUGGCGCGUGAAGACAUUCAGUCAGUCGUGGUUACUGUUCGGUUUCCUCACGCUCUGCUCGCUGGCCUCGAGUAUGGUCGAAAUCGUCAACGCCUCCAUUGCGCUCAGUAAUUGGACGACGUGGUCGGCGCAAAUGCAGAUCACUAUGGUCGAAAUCGGCCUAGCGCUGAACGUCGUUGUGAAUGUUGUAAACGCCCUCCUGUUGUUGUACUACCUCCUCAAACAUCGGUCCGGAUUCAGAAGAACUGACAGUGCUAUCAGUCAGCUCAUAGUCUGCUGCGUGGAAACACCUCUACUGAAUGCAUUUAUGGCGCUGCUCGACAUCAUCGUGUUUAAAGCCACAGCCCAGACGUACUGGGUCUUGAUUGUCGGCAUCCCUCUGGGACGUGUGUAUACAUUCUCCGUUCUGGCUUUGAUCAACUCGCAGGCAUCUCUGCGUGAAGCAUGGCACGGCGUCACGGACCUCGAUCAUGCCACUCGAUUGCCCCGAAAUACGCGAUUCAGCCGAAGCUUGAAGUUCAACAGCCCAAUCGAGCCUGUCCGCGUCGGCGUGACCAUCGAGCAGCACGCACAGGUCGCGGUCGAUCCGUUCACCCGCACCCGCAAGGACCGCCGGAGCCGCACGAGCUCGCGGCGGACGAGGGAUACCGUAUCGGACGCAAGCGGGUUGAAGGAGCACGAGAAUGAGCACGAGCUGGAGGAUUUCAAGAUUACCGUGGGCACGCUGGACAGACCUCUGGCUCAGGACGAGAAAGUCGCCUCGGCGGUCUGAGCCAGAGGGUGGCUCACCGCAUCCUGGUGCGGUCUAGAUACUCGGGCCACCCUUACGGUGCUGCAGUCCCCGUGCAUCACACCAUUCGCGCCGCCGUCCACUGGUCCAGUACGGCUACGAUGCUUCGCGUCUGCGGCAUCUGGGACGUGACGAGGCGUCCGCCGUUCUUCUGCAUAGCGUAGCUUGACACAGCGACUAGGUCUAAUAAUGUAUUUU